CCCAGAGAAUGUCCAGCCCUGCAUAAAGGCCAGGCGUCCACAGCGCCCGCACUCAGAGGCCAUGAAGUCCAGCAUGGGCUCCUCGCGGGCACCCCGGAUGGGGCGUGUGGGAGGGCGAGGGGCGAUGGCCCUGUUGCUGGCUGGACUCCUCCUGCCAGGGACCUUGGCUAAGAGCAUUGGGACCUUCUCAGACCCCUGUAAGGACCCCACACGUAUCACCUCCCCCAAUGACCCCUGUCUCUUCGGGAAGGGUGGCUCCAGCAGCUCUGUUUCCAGUUCCGGUGGCUCUGGUGGUGGCUCCAGUGUCUCCAGUGUCUCCAGUGGUUCCAGUGGUUCCAGUGGCUCCAGUGGUGGUUCCAGCAGUGGCUUCAGUGGUAGUUCUGGCGGAUCCAUUGGCUCCAGUGGUUCCAUUGGCUCCAGUGGCUCCAGUGGUGGUUCCAGUGGCUCCAGUGGAUCCAGCAGUGGCCCCAGCGGUGGCCCUAGCAGUGGCCCCAGCAGUGGCUCCAGCAGUGGCUCCAGCGGAUCCAGCGGUUCCAGUGGCUCCAGCAGUGGCUCCAGCGGUGGCCCUAGUGGUGGCCCUAGCGGUGGCCCCAGCAGUGGCUCUAGCAGUGGCUCCAGUGGAUCCAGUGUGGCCCAGGGUGGUCAUUCACGUCCUUUGCUGUUUCAGCCAGGGACAGGCUAUUCCCAGAGCAGCUACACCUCUGGGUCUGGCUCCAGUCUGCACAGUGCCUCCAGCUCCUCCCAGUCGGGAUCUGGCCCAGCUGCACCAAGCAAUGGUGGCUCUUCCCACUUCGUGAUAAGCUCCUCCCAGUCUGGAGGAAGCUCGAGCUCUUCUGUCUCCCAAACUUCCUGGACAUCCAGCAGUGGUGGCCAAAAGGUCAACUCUAACUUACGCCCCUGUAGCUCGGACAUCCCCGACUCUCCCUGCAGUGGGGGACCCGUCGUCUCCCACUCUGGCUCCUACAUCUCCAGCUCCCACUCCGUGUCAGGGGGUCAAAGGCCAGUGGUGGUGGUGGUGGAGCAGCAUGGCUCCGGUGGCCCCGGUGGCCCCGGUGGCCCCUGUAGCAAUGGUGGCUCUCCAGGCAAGCCCUGCCCCCCCAUCACCUCUGUAGACAAGUCCUACGGCAGCUAUGAGGUGGUCGGCGGCUCCUCUAAUAGCUAUCUGGCCCCGGGCAUGACUUACAGCGGGGGCAAAAUCUACCCGGUUGGGUACUUCACCAAAGAGAACCCUGUCAGAGGCUCUCCAGGGGUGCCUUCCUUUGCUGCUGGGCCCCCCAUCUCUGAGGGCAAAUACUUCUCCAGCAAUCCCAUCAUUCCCAGCCACAGCUCCAGUGCCAGCAUCUACCCGUCAGGAGCCUCCUCGGUCGUCGUGUUCCAGCCAGUGGGCUCUGGUGGCGUCCAGCCCUGUGCAGCGGGCUCCUCGGGCUCGAGGGGGCCCUGCUCCCUCUCGGGUUCUGGGGUCCACAGUGCUUCCGGCGGCUCUGGGUCGCAAUACCACCCCUGCGGCAGUGUCUCCCAGGGGCCCUGCUCCCCGCCGGGCACGGGCUCGCUCAGCCAGAGCUCUGGCUCCCAAUCCAGCGGCAAAAUCGUCCUCCAGCCCUGUGGCAGCAAGUCCGGCUCUGCUGGUCACCCCUGCGUUCCUGCCUCCUCCUCGACUCUGACCGGGGGUCCCAAUGGCUCUCCCCAGCCUGACCCCUCAGCUGGUGCCCAGCCCUGUGGCGGCUCCAAGAAGACACCCUGCCGCUCCCUCCGGGACAUCCUGGCCCAAGUGGAGCCUCUGGGGCCCCAGCUAGCUGACCCUGAAGCCUUCCUGCCCCAGGGACAGUCUCAUGCCGGUCCAUAGUCAUUUCUGCUCCAUGCAUGUGCAGCACACACGCACACGCCUGGGCACGGGCCAGCUGUGUCCCCUGCUCCCAGACUGCUGUUUCCUCCACUGCCAGGGUGGCACACUCCCCAUCAUGUUGCUUUCUUCAUCUCCCCGGGCUGCUUCUCUCCUGCUGCCUGGAAGCCCAGCCUCCUGCACCACCCGCUCUGCCCCAUAGCCACUCCCGGAACCUUCCUUCGCGUGGCUUUGAGAUGCGACAGUCCACUGGCUAACCCUGGCCAAUCCCUGCCCAUUCAGAUUGCAGACUGGGAAACCCCUGAAAUGUCCCAGAGUAACUCUAAUGCUUGGACAAGUCAUCCUCCCCACAUCCCUUUGACCAAUAAAACACAGUCUAAUCCGUUAUCUGAAAAUAAUGACCGCUGUUGACUACCUCUUUUGGUCAUCUGGUCAACCACCGGAUCUGCCCAGGGUUUCCACCCCUCCAGCCCCUCUCACUUUCCUAUGGAGCUCACCACAGCCUCUGUGGUUCCCACACUCCUGCCUCUCAGGGUCUCCGUCGCAGCCCUCCUUCCCGGCGGCCACGUCCCUCAUGACCAGAUGUGCUCCUGCCUGAGGGAGGUGCAGGGCAUCCUGGGGACCCCGCGAGCCUGGCUGGCUCCCUGCUCUCCAGAUCCUGGAAAAAUGUCUCAAUAAACGGUAUGAACUAGA